AUGGUGCGCUCGGAAGGCAGAACGACGAAAGCAAUGCGUCCUCUCUUUGGGCCGUAUGUGAUCAAGACUAGAAUCGGGCAACGUUACGAGUUAGCGAACAAAGACGGGUCCGCACCAUCAGAAUUCAAGGGCAAGCCAGUCCGUGUUGAACUCCUCCGGUUAGUACAUCGUAGUACAGACCCACCACUUGAUGAUACCUUGUGGGCAGAAGGCGGAGUUGAGUUCCGCCACAUUGUUAAGCAUCGUACGAACGAUGAGACAGGCAACCUUGAAUACCUGGUGCGUUGGCGCGAGGGUGACCCCACGUGGGAGACAGCCGAAGCCUUUACCGACCCCAACGACAUUGUCGCUUACCACAAAGACUCGCAGACGCGUACGCGCAAACGACGCCGCGACCAGAUUUAG